AUGGAUUUAGAAAAAUUUGAGAAUUAUCCAUGGGGGAGAGUGGCGUUUAAGGUGCUGAUGGAUUCUCUGAAGGCAAAAGACUUGACGCAAACAGGUUACACUGUUGAUGGGUUUAUACAUGUUAUCCAGGGGUGGGCGUACUAUGCUAUGCCAGAAUGGGGUGCUAAUUAUGGGUCUCCCGUACCAGACAGAACGUCUCCACUGUUGCUGGCUUACAAGGGUGGCCAAGGACGACGCAGAUGUUUUAAGUCGGCUAUCAACAGACAAAUUAACGUGAACAACUUUGUUCAAAAGGACCUUGAUGAAAUGUUUCCAGAAUGGGACAGAGACGUAGAGGACCCUGCCGCGGAUAACAUAAUUAAAGUCAUGUUUAAUAAUCCUGGAUGGAAGUGGACCAUGGACUGCUGGACAGUCACCGGUACUCACAAGGUUGUGAAGAUGGAAGUGAGUCCAGUGAAGAAUGAAGUGAGUUCAGUGAAGACGGAAGCGACUACAGUGAAGUCAGAGAGUGUUGUGAAGGAAGAAAGUAGCAGACCUCGGAAGAAAGCUCGUAAAGGGUCUUAUGUUUCUGCUGAGGCACCUGCAGCGGGUAGUGAUGGCUUUGGGAUGACGAAAGAGCAGAUUGAAAGGGCCUUCAAGGACAUAUCUGAUGCCAUUAGUGAUGGCUUUGGGACGUGCCUUAAGGAGAUCAAGUUGCUGGGGGAUAGGAUGGGAGCUGUGGAGAAGAUGAUCACCAAAAAAGGGAGUUCAUCUGAUGAUCUUCAACUUACAACCACUUCAAAUCCACCAAAACCUGUGCACGAACCCGGUGUUAGUACCAAAACCUCUCCCAAAAUUGCAGAGAAGAGAGUCACUUGGCAAAGUGUUAGGAAGAGUCAGAACUGAUGUGCUUUGUUUCUUGUGUGCUUUGAUGAACAAUUGUAUGCUUUGAUUCUGAACAUGUGUGCUUUGUUUCUAGUGUGCUUGGAUCUUUGUUGUAUGGAUUUUGUUUCAUGUGUGAAUUUGAUCUUUGGUUAAUAGUUUAUAAAUACAUUGUGAACUCGAAAUUGCAGAGUGAAAGUGUGAAUGGGGCGAAAGCAUGACAGAAUGAAGCCAAAGAACAUAGUGUUACUACAGAACUGAGUUCCUCAACAGAGCUCUGUCUUGUGAAACCUGCAGACGACUUACCGAGUGAUGAACCUAGCGUUCUUAUAUUGGACAAACAAGUAUCCACUGCUUCAGAUUUACUCUUGGAGGAAGCUAGAAGGUAGACAAAGAAGGAGACUGCUAUGGUGAAUCUCCGUGAAAAAAGUGAGCGAGAAAGGAAACUUGCUCCCACACAGCAAACUCCUUUUAAGGGAAACAUCACUGCCAAACAGAUCAUUCCAAACAAAAAGGUUGGCCGAGGCUAUGAUCCUUUUGCACCCUAUGACAAGAAGAAGUCGAAGGAGCUCACUGAAUGGCUGGAACAAGAUCCGUAAGUUGCUGGAAUGUCCUAUAAAACAGUUCUUGAAAAAAAAUGAUUGAUUAUUUACAUUUUGUGUUUGCAGUUCUUAUAAACUGCCUCUAAACAAAAACCACGUAGAUGUCCAAGUCUGUUUUAUCAUGUCCUCCGAACCUCCUUAGAAUGGCUGACCGGCCAUGUUAGUCAUAUGUUAUUUUCUUACUCUUAUACGUAAGUCGUCUGGUAGUUCUUCUGACUUGUAUUGUUUUAUAUGCAGCAAAUGGAUGCUUUUAUUAAUUUACUGAGGCAACGGUACCAAGACCAUCCACAACAUUUCAGGAGCGAGAGAAUGUGCUUUCUUGAUCAUAUAUUUUCUCGGCAGUGGAGGGCCUCCUACCCUAAUUUUAAGAGCGACAAGGGAGAUGCCAACGGUUUAGGAAGAAGACUCCUAAGUGGGGUGUGGAAUUAUCAUGCAGGCGAGAUACCUUAUUUUUGCCAAUCUAAGAAGGUUUGGGGGGUGGAUGUGGAUGAUAUCUAUCCACCUGUGAACUUCAAGAACCAGCAUUGGUUUGCUAUAUGGAUAUCGAUCCCUAGGAGGCACGUAGUCGUCUGGGACAGUAUCAUCAAACAUAUUAGCCCUGAAGAACUCGAUGAGGUAAUGGAGCCUUUUGUCACAAUGGUCCCUUAUCUGCUUGUUGAGUGUGCUAUCUCUGUCGAACAAAAGGUUCAAUACACAUUGGAGCCAUACACAUAUGAGAGACAAACCGUUGGAGUACCUCAGUGCCGAGCUGGUGAUUGUGGCCCCUUCACUCUGAAGUACAUUGAAUGUCAUGCUCUUGGGAUGGAAUUUCCGAAAGCGUUUUGUACUAGAAACGGGAAGACCAUCAGGGAGAAGAUGGCGUUGGAUAUAUUUCAAGAGCUUCCUAUGUGCCAUGAAUGGGAAACCAAGACAAUGAUGAGAACCUGGGAACAUAUGAGUAGAUAUUGGAUGUGUUCUUUGUAUUUGAACUUGAACUUGAUGCUUUUGUGUACUGUUGUAUGGUAGAUUAGGCUACGUUAACAGGGUCAAGAUAGGAUGAUGUUUUUUGUAACCUAUCCUCAUGCCAAACUGUAACCUAUCCUCAUACCAAACUAGAAUUCCGUAGGAAAUUAGUUUGGUAGUGCAGUAACCUUUCGGAUAAUGUAAUGUUUGACUUGUCUUUUUAAAUUGCAUUGUCGUUGGACGACUAACCA